GACUUCCCCACAGAGAAGGAGAGGCGGCAGCGCCUCUCCCGCAGCCGGCCCGGGAUAGCUCGAGCGACGCGGUUGAGGCUAUGAGCCGCGGAGGUGGUGGUGGCGCGCCAGCGAAGGCCCCGAGGGCGCAGGCCUUCCGCCUUCCCGGCCGCCACGGCUACGCGGUCGAGUUCUCGCCUUACCUGCCCGGACGCUUGGCCUGUGCUGCCUCGCAGUACUACGGGAUUGCAGGUUGUGGAACUCUGGUAGUAUUAGAACAAAAUGAAGCUGGAGUUCAUCUCUUUAGAAGUUUUGACUGGAACGAUGGCCUGUUUGAUGUGACGUGGAGUGAGAACAAUGAGCAUGUGCUUAUCACAUCCAGUGGGGAUGGAUCAUUACAAAUCUGGGACACUGAAAAGCCCACAGGUCCACUCCAAGUCUAUAAAGAGCACAGUCAAGAGGUUUACAGUGUCGAUUGGAGUCAGGCCAGAGGAGAACAACUAGUAGUAUCUGGGUCGUGGGAUCAAACAGCAAAAUUGUGGGAUCCUGCAGUGGGACAGUCUUUAUGCACUUUUAAAGGCCACGAAGGUGUCAUUUACAGCACAAUAUGGUCUCCGCACAUCCCGGGCUGCUUUGCAUCUGCCUCAGGUGACCAGACUUUAAGAAUUUGGGAUGCAAAAUCAUCAAGACCCCCAGUGAUCAUUCCUGCUCACCAGGCGGAGAUUUUAAGUUGCGAUUGGUGCAAGUAUGAUCAGAACUUGCUGGUAUCAGGUGCUGUUGACUGCAGUUUGAAAGGCUGGGAUUUGAGGAACAUCCGACAGCCAGUAUUCAAGCUCUUUGGGCAUACAUAUGCUAUAAGAAGAGUCAAAUUUUCACCGUUUCAUGCUACUAUAUUAGCUUCCUGUUCCUAUGAUUUUACUGUGAGAUUCUGGGAUUUCUCCAAGCCAGAUCCACUGCUUGAAACUGUGGAGCAUCAUACAGAGUUUACUUGUGGCCUGGAUUUAAGCUUGCAUCACCCGAGUCAGGUGGCAGAUUGUGCUUGGGAUGAAACGGUGAAAGUCUAUAGUCCAUCUUCAUUGAUAAUUCCGUCGUAGAAAGAGAUUCUCCAUGGAGGACAGCUGAUUUAGAAGAAAAUGCUUCUCCUUUCUCAGGGCAAGGCAGAACUUUCAUGGAAUGCAUUAUUACCU